UAGGCUCACGAACGUAAACAUCAACCUCCGCAUUCUAUUACCUGUUUGUAUGUAUGUAUGCAUGUUCCGGGUCGUAAUAAUGAUCUUCGUCCGAGGCACAGACGCCGUCACAUCUCCCAGGAGAGGUCUACUGGCAAUUUAGUCUCCAGCAUGGAGGGGCGCAAGGGAAUGUCUCCCGCUGCUUUUCUCCAAUGUCUUUCUCUCAUGAUGACGAAACAAUUUUCGUCGUGCUGCCUGGAUGCCAUUGACCGUGAGAGAGGCUCGAACAGCCACUACCUAGGUACCAAUUCAGUAGAACACGCAGGGUACAGCGCAUCAACAUCUAUCCCAAGCGUUCAUGCAUAUACGUUUCUCUCUCCCUCUCGUUUCCUCUUCUCCACCACUCCUGCCUCCGACCGGGAGCAAUGAUCAGUCACAACAAUGACCUCGACGACGACGGCGAUGGCGACACCUCCUCAUCGGGCAAUUACGACAUCCUCAAGGAUUGCCUGUCAGCCAUGAUCAUCGAGAAAUUGACCCCAACCAAUGCCCGACCGACCAAGAAGCGGACCUCGAAAGGUCGGAAGAACGAAAUCAAGCCCGUGGAGAGGCCGGCGCCGUCGGAAGCGGAGGUCGAGAACGAUGUUGCUGAAUUGGGAGAUUUCACAGAGUACCUGGCCCAAGAAAUCCACUCGAGCCUCCCGGAGGAUUUACGCACACUCUCAUAUGCAGGAACGCAAAACGACAGCGCCCUCUCCGUCCGGUACACGCUCCCCCUGGACGACGCUAUCCUCGACACCAUCCUCAAGCCACUACCCCUGAGCAUCCGCGACUCCCUCACAUCCUACAAUCUCCUGACCAAUGACGACGACGGCAAAGAUGCAGUGGAAAGCGCCUACCGCCUCUUCCUCUGCACAUGCUUACACAACUACAUCAUCAGCACGACGACGAAACCGCCGGAACAUGACCCUGCCACGGUCGCAAACCGCACCACCGCCUGCGAGAUCUGCGACCGCGAACACCUCCCGCUGACGUACCAUCAUCUGAUACCCCGGCAGAUGCACGCCAAAGCGGUCAAACGUGGCUGGUGCGCGGCGUGGGAAGUGCAGAAGGUGGCGUGGUUGUGUCGCGCGUGCCACUCGUACGUGCAUAAGAUUGCGUCAAAUGAGGAGCUCGCGAGGGAUUUCAGUAGUAUUGAGAGAUUACUGGAGAGGGAGGAUGUGGUGAAGUGGGCAGCGUGGGUAGGGAGGGUGAGGUGGAAAGCGAGGUGA